CUGCUGGCUUUGUUUAUGAUAUUUCCAUGCUUUUUGAAAUUGAUUUCAUGGAUAUACACAGCAUGUAUAUAGACGUUUGUUUAUGAUUAUCACAAACUAAGAAAUUCCCCAUUUUUUGAAGGCACAUGGAAAAUACUUUCCUAUCUAUCUAUCUAAAAAGCCAAAUAUCAGUGGUUGUAAAAACAUUAUGUAUCAUCAUUAUAUCAUUACAGACUUCAAUUCAUACAUGUUUGUUUUUUUUCAUCUGUGAUGAAUUUUAACUAAUGCUGGAUUAAAGUAAUCUCCAGGCUGGUGAUAUUUUACAUCUUGCUCAAUCUCCCAUGUCAUUAUGAGCUCAGUUGGUGCUUUCACUCUACCGCAGGAGUACAAGGAAUGCAGCUGCUUGAGACAACAUGGGUGUGUAGAGAACGUGCAGGUGCGUGUUGAUGUGCUUUGAUAGCGUGCAUGAAAAAGGAAUCUAUGAACUCAAGUAGAUUUCAUAGUGGCCGUCGGCUCUCAUUGGUUAACAUGAGGGACUGAUUUGCAUGCGGUGGGAGUGUCCUGAGCCAGCACUGGGAUGAAUGACUUGUUCAAGGCAGACAGCAAUAAGGCAUAGCACUCAGCAGAGGUCUGCGUUGCUCAGCGCUCAAAAUGCCGAGGUUACUUAAGCUGUUACUCUUCCUGCCAUAAAGUGCUGGACUAGGACAUAAACAUGUUCAACAGCAGACACCCCAGCCUUAGCAAAAGAGGAGGGAUAUGGGGAUUGUGCAUCCUCUUGCUUUACCCCAGCCCUCUUUCCUGUUUUGCGAAUUUCAGCCAAGCAAAAGAGCUGAUCUAUAAGAUAAAGGAGGGAUUAACCAGGGGGACCUUCAUAGGGGCCAUUGGAGUAGACUUAAAUUUGGAUUUCACUGUGGAGCCCCCCUUUUUAUUCAGUCUCCCAAAAAAGAAGGUCAGUGGACAGUUUGUGAACCUAAAUAAUACCACCGGGGAGCUUUACACAUCUGCUACGGAGAUUGACAGGGAGACCUUCUGCCCAUAUAACUCAGAGGGACAGGGAUGUGUCCUCUCACUGGAUGUGUUUGUGUUGCCCCAGCAGUACUUUCAGCUGGUCAAAGUUAAGAUCUUUAUUGAGGAUGUGAAUGACAACAGGCCAAAGUUCCCUGUAGAUGAGAUCUGUAUAUCUGUCCCAGAAAACACACCAAUCAAUGCUCGUUUUGCAGUGGAGCAGUCAGCAGUGGACCCAGACCUCGGUGUUCACGGAGUGCAGACCUACUGGCUUGUCAAUGACUUUGGCACGUUCGCACUGGAUGUUGAGGAAAAUGACGGAGGUGAGCUGACACCCUUCCUCAUUUUGAUGGAGGCUUUGGACAGAGAGAACCAGGCUGAAUACAUUACGGAUAUCAUUGCAGAGGACGGAGGGACCCCUCCUCUGCUCGGAGCAGCUACCUUGAAAAUUGUCAUCACAGAUGUGAACGAUAACUGCCCCCAAUUCGCAGAGUCGCAAAUUAAUGUCACUCUGCAUGGGAAUGCCACCAAAGGGGCUCAUUUGGCACGUCUGAAUGCUUUUGACCCUGACCUUGGUGCUAAUGCUCAGAUCAGCUAUGCUUACAGUGAACGCGUGCCAAGAGACACCAGGAGCUUGUUCCAUUUGGACAGAAUCGCAGGGGUGAUCAAGCUAGCAGGAAAAAUAGACACUGGCACAGCCACGUUUUACAAACUCACCAUUCUGGCCAAUGGAGCUGGUUGUAUCCCUGCAGUAGCUACUGUUUCUGUGCAUAUAAUCAAAGUUGUUACAGGACCCCCUGCUGUCAUACCCCGAUAUAUUGCACCAGAAAAGGAUGGGGUGGUGACCAUAAAGGAGUCUGAACCAGAGUUUUCUCCAAUUGCUUUUUUUAGUGUCAAAAACAUUGAUAUGAACCAAAGGGUGGAUUGUCAUUUGGAAGGGUCUGGUCCCUUCAGACUCGUCCCCUAUCAGCUUUUAAAGAACGAAUACCUGCUGGAGACUACAGAGCCCUUGGACUAUGAGAAGAAACAGGAGUAUGAGCUAACUGUUGUUGCCAAGAAUUCUCGGGAGCUUGUCAUCAAGACCUUCCUCAAGGUGCAGGUAUUGGAUGAGAAUGAUAACGCACCAGUGUUUCAGCAGUCUUGGGUGGAAAUAUCUGUGGAGGAGAACAAUCCACCGAACACCUUUCUUACCCAGCUCCAAGCCACAGACCAGGACAGCGAAAGCAGAGGGGAAGUCAUCUACCUCCUUGGCGGUGAAGCCCCAGGGAUCUUUGUCAUGGAUCGUGUGACAGGUGUCCUAACUGUAACCACAUCGCUGGACCGCGAGGAAAAAGAGACGUACCGGUUCAUAGCGAGAGCGGUGGACCAGGGGACACCCAGGAGGGAGUCGAUUGCAACGGUGGUGGUGAGCGUGCAAGACCGCAAUGACAACAGUCCACGCUUCAUCAAUAAGGACUUCACUUUCUUUGUGCCAGAGAACUUCCCGGGUUACGGUGAAAUUGGGGUCCUCUCUGUGACCGAUGCCGAUGCGGGGGAAAAUGGUUGGGUGGCCCUUUCCAUCCUCAACGGCAGCGACAUCUUCAUGAUAGACACAGGCCGAGGUGCACUGAGGGCCAAGACGUCACUUGACCGCGAGCAACAAGGGACAUACCAGCUGUGGAUUGAGGCCGUCGAUGGUGGGGAGCCUGCGCAUUCCUGUGUAACUAUGGUGACCGUGCUGUUGUUGGAUGUAAAUGACAACCCACCUAUUGUCCUCUUCCCCCAGUCCAAUCAGUCUUACAUGCUGGUUCUACCCAAUACGCUACCAGGAACAUCAAUAACAGAGGUCUACGCUGUGGAUAAGGAUACAGGCAUGAAUGCUGUGAUCGCCUACAGUAUUGUUAAGAGGAAAGGUGGCGAGCCAGGUUCUUUUGCCAUUGACCCAGAAACAGGAAAUAUCACUUUAAAGAGGGAGCUCAGCAUCCGGGGCCUCUACAGCCUUCUAGUGAAGGUCAGUGACCACGGUCAGCCUGAGCCGCUUUACUCAACAGUGAUGGUUAACUUCUUUGUCAAUGAAACAGUGAGCAACGAGAGCUACAUCCAGAGCCUGCUGACCAGAGAGGCUGAAAUUGAGGUAGAGGAGAGGCCCUGGUACAAAGGCCAGAUGACAGAGGGGCCUGAGAGGUAUGAGUUGUUCCCCUGUCAGCCUCUCCUCAUUGCUCUUUCAGUGACAUGUCUGGGGCUGUUCUUCUCAGUUGUGACACUGACAUCUUACAUAUGCUGUAGGAGAUUUAAAAAGCAGCGAAAGAAAAGAUCAGAGGUUGAGAUACCUUUGAAAAUGAAGAAUGAGUCAAUGCAGGUUGUGAACAGAAAGCUCAGGCAGAUCUCAAACAUCUGAUAUUUAAUUAUCCACAUCCUAAACCACCACUGUUUACAUGAAUGUUUACAAAACUCACUGUGAGAAGUGUAGUUCUCACAUGAAGUUGCUCUUUUUUGCUUUUGUCAUAUGAUUCUUAUUACUGCAAUAUAGUGUCAUUUGACUAAUAUGCCACAAGGUUUUGUCAUUAGAAAGAGCACUUACUUUACUUUUUAUAAAAUCUAUAAAGCAUGAAACUCAUCUAAACAUGAAGUGUCAGAAAACCAAGGCAAGGAAUACAUUUGUAUUGGCUUCAAAGUUAUAACAGCUUUAUUACAAAGUUAUAGAGCAACUCAGUGAAUAUUACUCAAUCUAAGGUCCUAUGUAAAUAUUGUACAAAAUGUUUUACAACUUGAUAAACAACUGCAUUGCAUGAAAAGGACAGAAGAUAGUUCAAGGCACAACAAAUGUCUCUUUCUUCAUGAUUGUUUUUGAAAAACUGCAUUUCUUUACAUCACAAGUCACUAUUACAAAUAUCAUGGAAUAGUGAUUACACUUGGGAGUUGGCAUCUAAAUCUUUCAAUUUGUUAAAUUACAUUUUAGCUAUAUUCAUAAAGUACAUUUCAAAAUUGAUUGAUACAGAAAAGGUAGAUCAAAAUGCAUUACUUUAUUCAGGGAAUUGUAAUCCUGUUAUAUUCGGAGAGCUCGAUGUGUCAAUAUACGUCAAACUCUACAGUAUACCUGUGUUGUAUACAGGAAAUGUUCAGACAAAUUGCACAAAUGCUUUUGAAAACAGCAGAUUGACCAAAAAAGAAAAUCUUUACUCCAUGCCCACUUACAAGUUGCACAGCUUUCAAUUGCGUCUUGCCUUCUUUAGCUUAUUUGUAAAGGAGUGAUGUGCAUUUCAUGAUAUACAAUAAUGUAUGAGUGAUAUACUGUUAGAUUUUUCUUUUUGCAUGACGUUUGAGAGCCAUGGCUGGUAACAAGAUGCCCUACUUUCUGUGAAGGCUCACAGUAGUUGCUGAUCAUGCAUGUAAAACCUUUAAAUGCAAUCUCAGUACAGCAAAGACUCCCAUAUUUUCAUCACACUGAAUAAUUUGAAAUGUGCCGAAACGUCUUUGUCAUAAACCUGCUUUAAGUUGCAUACAUCACCCUCCUUUAUACAACCAUGGAAUUCUCAAUGUGUCUGUGAAAACAUGUUAAGUGUUUGUGAAAGGAAAUCAAAGUAACUAUUAAAGAUGCUUUAUUUUUUAUAAAAAAAAACUGGAUUUUCUUCUGUAUUGAUAUCACUGACAUUUACCUAGAUAUGCUCAAAUCUGUGUGUAUACAAACUUUAAUUUACACAUCUUCUGGUGCUGUUUAAGUUGUA